GAUAUAAUUUCUUCAUUUGCCGCAUAGUGAAGAGAUUGUGGCAUUAAAAAUCAGAGUUUUCUCAAUGGAGAAGGCUUGUUUCUUGGUGCCAUUGUUUCUUCUUGUCACCUUCUCUUUGUCUUAUAUUUCUUCAGCAGAUGAAGCCUUUCCAGGUAAUGAGCUAAACACCAUUGGAAAUGAAGACUUGACAAAAACAACAUUGAAGAAUCAUGAGGAUGAGGAAGAGAAGUUCAAGUUUGUUCCACAUAAGCCAAUCUUCAAGAAGCCAUUUUUCAAGAUCCCACCGAAAGUAUUUCCAUUGAAGCCAUUCCCAGUCAACGGAAAACCAAUUCCAAAGCCAAUUCCUGUCCAUGAUGAGAAGCCAUUGCCAAUUCCCGGAUUUAAGAAGCCUUUCCUUAAGCCAUUUCCUAAACCCUUCAUUCCAAAGCCAAUUCCUAUUGUUAAAAAGCCAAUUCCCAAGCCUUUCGUUCCAAAGCCAAUUCCUAUUGUGAAGAAGCCAAUUCCCAAGCCUUUCAUUCCAAAGCCAAUUCCUUUGGUGAAGAAACCAAUUCCCAAGCCUUUCAUUAUUCCUAAGCCCUUCAUUCCAAAGCCAAUUCCAUUGGAAAAGAAACCAUUUCCCAAGCCUUGGAUUCCAAAGCCAAUCCCAGUAGAUAAUGAGAAGCCAUUGCCAAUUCCUGGAUUCAAGAAACCUUUUCCCAAGCCAAUUCCUUUUGUGAAGAAACCUUUUCCAUUCCCAAAAAAGCCCUUCUACCCUCCAGUGAAUCCUUGAAGCACGAUAAACCCAAAUUAAGUAUAUCCCAAUAUUUGUCCCUUAUCAUAUCAUGAAAUCUGGCUUAAAAGUAACCUUCUCGAGUGUGUAUUGUAACUUGCCUUGUACUGCUAAAUAUAAAUGUACUAUAAAUUAAAUAAAGCCUAAAAGAAAUCUAUGUGAAAUGUAUUCAAAAAUCCAUUAAUAUUAGCUGUUCUUGUUGGUUCUA